AAAGUACAGCUUCACCUCAGGCUGUAAAACCAGAAGAGCUACUGUAGCUCCAAAGUUUUUCCAGCUGCAGCCAGGAUGAGAAUGACACGGCUUCCAUGCAGGUCCAGGAGUUUUUGCUUCACUCUUAGUCUUUUCCUCAUUCUGCUUCACCAAACAACUUCAGAAAAUAAGUUGAAAUAUGUGGCAGCGGUUUUUCGACAUGGUGACCGAACCCCAGUUGAAAACUUUCCGACUGCUCUACACAAAGAAAGUGAAUGGCCACAGGGAUUUGGACAGCUUACUACGAUUGGAAUGCAGCAGCAAUAUGAGCUUGGACAGUAUAUGCGGAAGAGAUACUCAAACUUCCUGAAUGACUCAUACAACCGCCAUGAGAUUUUCAUUCAAAGCACAGACAUUGAUCGAACCAUUAUGAGCGCUCAGGUUCUUCUCGCUGGACUUUUCCCACCAGCUGGCCACCAGAUCUGGAAUCCCCAGAUCCUUUGGCAACCCAUCCCAGUUCGCACUCUGCCACCAGGCAAAGGCAACGUGCUGCGCUUUCCUAUUCCUAACUGUCCAUGUUUUGAUAAACUUCAGAAUGAAACCCAGGCAUCGAAGCAAUUUCAAGACAAGUUGCAAUCCUACAUGGGGGUUUUAAAAACGAUGGCAGCUAACUCGGGAUAUGACAUGGAUACUCUGAAACAACUGAAUAAUUUCAAAGCCUGGAAUACAUAUGAUACUCUGGCUUGUGAGCGUAUUCACAAUUUUACUCUCCCUGUAUGGGCCUCCCAAGAUAUAAUGGACAAGAUGAAGGAGCUGGCAACAUUCUCUUUACAGUCACUCUUUGGGAUAUACAAAAGAAAAGAGAAAGCACGGCUGCAGGGAGGUAUCCUGGUGAAUGCUAUUCUAAAAAACAUUCAAAAAGCUACGAAACCAUCAAACAAGAGGAAAAUGAAUCUCUUUUCUGCACAUGACACCACAAUUGGUGCCCUACAGAUGGCGCUCAAUAUUUUCAAUGGAAAACUGCCACCUUAUAGUACUUGCCAGUUUUUUGAGCUCUACCAAGAAAAGAGUGGGGACUACAGCAUUGAAAUGUACUAUCGGAAUGACUCCUCCAGGGAUCCAUAUCCACUCAGGCUGCCAGGCUGCACGUCUCCUUGUCCUCUUGCGAAGUUUACUAAGUUGGUCUCUCCUGUCAUAGUGAAAGACUGGUCAAAAGAAUGUGCCAAGUGUCAGAUACAUUCCUAGGAUUUGACUUUGCUGCUGGCCUGUUCAUCUUUGAUGUAACGCUGUUGUUCCUUCUCUACCAAUAUGGAAAGUGCAGGUGCAGAAACACUUAUCAAAACUUCUAAAAGGUAAAAGAAUGAAGAGGUAGAUACUGAAAAACUUCAAGAGCAACUAGAUGUCUGUUGUUGUUUUUUAAGUCACCUGCAGUGUUUUACAAUCUACAAUUAUCUCUGGUCAAAUAAUUCUACAAAGCACGUUGAAUUGAUCUCAGCAACAGAGACUCUGCAACCUAAUUCAUAAAUCACUGGAACAUCACAGAAAUAAACUCAUGUUUAGAAUUUACCUUUGUAAUUUUGUUUUGGAAAACUGGUGUUAGAAGCCAAUGUUGUAUUUAGCUACUAUUUUACUCCCAUCACUCUCUACACCCCAAGACCUCCCCAGGCCAAACUCUCCCCUCACCUUUGUUUUCUCUGGCCCUACUCCCAUUCCGUUAAGCAUUCCUAUAUCUGGAGUAGCCUCUUAGUACACUAGCAACCUCACACUCUUCUUUCAGGUGCCUCCUAAAACAUCACUCCUUUCAGCCAGCUUUUAGGCACUAAUCCUCCAUAUACCUCAGCCCUCAUCUUAUCUUUUAUUUUAAUUCACACUGCAUGUUACAAAUAACUCCCUGGCAGAGGCAGUGCUAGCCCAUUGGAGUCCCUAAGGAGGAGUAUUUUUGCUUGCUCCCCCAUACAAUAUGUACAACAAAAGUCUAAGUUUAUAAUAAACAACGACAACAAAAACUGAAAUAGGGACCCCAGUUAGCUGCUCAGAAGGACCCUAAGCAAUAGCUUAGUCUGCUUAUCCCUAGUGCAGGCUUUGCUCUCUGGCCUCUCUAAAAAUUCUUGUAACGAACAUGUAUUGAAAGAAAUUAAUCACUCGCUUUACUUUUUAUGUUGUAUCUCUUCUGGACUGCAUUAAAUCUGUUUAGACUGUGGAGUCUUUGGACAGAGAAACAG